GCCCUCUUCUCCUUGUAAGAACUUCUGAAAUACACAGAUGAUACAUGCUGUUGUGGGAGGUACUGGAGAGUAGGGCCCUGCCAGAAAAAUACUGUUUGGGAUUUCAGAAGGUCAUCUCUUAAGAAGACAUGGACAUUCAAAUGCCAAAGAUAGCAGCAUAACAUCAGCACUGUGUACACUAGGAAACGGGAGCUGGGUAAAGGGAGAAGCACGGAAAGCAAGGAGGAACAGCACUGGGAGUCUUUCCCAAGUUAAUCAUACAAAGCCAGACACCAGGCUCCUGUUUUAGAAACCCUCAAGUGGGAAUUGUCACUAAGGAGCCCAGGAGCCACGGUCAAUCAAUGUAAAGAGGAGAAAGGGCUAACGAGCGCAGCUGUUCACCUCUGCUACCCCAGCCUAAGCAGGUGAGCUGCGUUAAGUGGUGCUAAUGUACCCAUUAAACAGCGUUAAUGGAGCCCCGGGCUCCUGGUGAGGUCCAUUUUCUCCUGUCAGGAGGGAAGCAGGAAAGUGGUAGAGGGAUACUUUGAAUGCUGCAGUGUUGCCUUUUCUUUGUUUUCGCUGUGUUUUCCGGUUAGAAGGUGCUCUUUUUUUUUUUUAUUAUUACAUACAGAUCCCUAAUCAGCAUCAGGGAUCCAUUAUUAUUCCUCCUGUCUGUAUCUGCAAAUACAUGCAAUAAUUCUGGGAAUAGGCUCUUGCCUUUGAUGAGAGACUGCUGGGGUGGAGAUGAGGACCCAGCUCACCCCCGGCACGCGGAUUGAUGUGUGGCCUCGUUGAGCUCAGCUGCUCCUAGCUCAGCAAGCAGGGCCUAGAGAGAGCUGAGGGCCCUGCUGGGCUCACCAGCACUCUGCUCAUCCUUCUCCUGGCUCCCAUCCCUGCUCCUGCUUUCACCGGGAGCACGGUGGGGAUAACCCCGUCCUGCUGCGGAGGGAUGCUGCGGCUCUCCCCUCGGUAGGGCUGCUCCGGGCGCCUUUCCCCGCUGCAAAUCUCCCCCGGGGCGGCGGGGCCAGGCCAGGAAAGCGUUAACCUGCCCUGCAAUGCUGCAUCCCAGCUCACGGUGGAGCUGCCUUCCUCUCUUCCACCCCCAACUUCCAAUUCACUCCAAACAACUCCGGGACAGAAUUGCAGGGAAAAGCUGGAGGUUCAGCCUCGACUUGUUGAUCUCCGUUUACGAGGCAGCAGAAGGAAGCACCGGAGCUUUCCUUUGUGUCCUCGCCGGGAGAGGGGCGGGGGGAGGGGGACAGAUGCGGCUUCGGCGUUGACGGCGGGCAGGAGCGAGGAGCCGCAGCUGAGGGAAGGCCUCGGAAAAGCUUCCUGCCGAGGGAUCCGAUUUACCUUCUUUCGCUUCCCCUCCCCCUGGGCUCCGCGGACAGACGGGAGCGCGGCCGCCAUCCCUGCGCCUCGAGGCUGCCCGCGGGGGGAUGCGAGCGGGGCCGCCCCGGCUGCCCGCCCCGCCGCACCAUGUAGUCGCCCUCGGCCCCGCACAGCCCCGCACCGCCUCGCUGGGAGCCCGCAGGAGGAGCUCCGGGGCAUGGAGGGGAAGGAGAGGUGAGGAGAAGCCGGCCCCCCCCCUCCCCUUCCCUCCCCCGCCAGCCCUCGCCCCGCGCCGCGCCUUGGAGCAGCCAGCCUGAGGGGGACCAGAGAUGCCUCUGGGGAUGAAUAAGCAUGGAUCUCGCUCUACUACCUCUUUGCCUCCGGACCCCACGGAGAUCAUCAGGAGCAAGGCCUGCUCCCGCAGGGUCAAGCUCAACGUGGGGGGGUUGGCCCACGAGGUUCUCUGGCGGACCUUGGACAGGUUGCCGCGGACCAGGCUGGGUAAGCUCAGAGACUGCAACACGCACGACUCCCUCAUGGAGAUCUGUGAUGACUACAACCUGGAGGAGAAUGAGUACUUCUUCGACAGGCAUCCCGGGGCAUUCACCUCAAUCUUGAACUUCUACCGUACUGGCAAGCUGCACAUGAUGGAGGAGAUGUGCGCCUUGUCCUUCAGCCAAGAGCUGGACUACUGGGGGGUGGACGAGAUCUACCUGGAGUCCUGCUGCCAGGCCCGCUACCACCAGAAGAAGGAACAGAUGAAUGAGGAGCUGAAGAGAGAAGCCGAGACACUGAGGGAAAGGGAAGGGGAGGAAUUUGAUAACACUUGCUGCGCUGACAAAAGGAAAAAGCUCUGGGACCUCCUGGAGAAGCCCAACUCCUCCGUAGCGGCCAAGAUUUUGGCAAUCAUUUCCAUCAUGUUUAUUGUACUAUCUACAAUUGCCUUGUCCCUUAACACACUUCCUGAACUACAAGGCGUGGAUGAAUUUGGGCAGACAACAGAUAAUCCCCAACUUGCCCAUGUGGAAGCAGUGUGCAUUGCAUGGUUUACAAUGGAAUACCUCUUGCGGUUCCUAUCCUCGCCUAAGAAAUGGAAGUUUUUCAAAGGCCCACUGAAUGCUAUUGAUUUGCUAGCUAUUUUACCAUACUAUGUCACUAUCUUCCUCACAGAAUCCAAUAAAAGUGUACUUCAGUUCCAAAAUGUACGACGAGUGGUCCAAAUAUUUCGGAUUAUGAGGAUACUCCGGAUUCUAAAGCUCGCCCGGCACUCAACAGGUUUACAGUCCUUGGGGUUUACACUGAGGAGGAGUUACAAUGAGCUUGGCUUACUCAUCUUGUUUUUGGCCAUGGGCAUUAUGAUCUUUUCCAGUUUAGUAUUUUUUGCAGAAAAGGAUGAGGACGAUACAAAAUUCAAGAGCAUCCCAGCUUCUUUCUGGUGGGCAACAAUCACCAUGACAACAGUAGGCUAUGGAGACAUCUACCCCAAAACACUUCUAGGUAAAAUAGUAGGAGGACUGUGCUGCAUUGCUGGAGUGCUGGUGAUUGCUCUUCCUAUCCCAAUUAUUGUCAAUAACUUCUCUGAGUUCUACAAAGAGCAGAAGAGGCAGGAGAAAGCCAUUAAGCGCAGAGAAGCUCUUGAAAGAGCAAAAAGGAAUGGUAGCAUUGUCUCCAUGAACAUGAAGGAUGCAUUUGCCCGUAGUAUAGAACUCAUGGACAUUGUGGUUGAAAAGAAUGGAGAAAGCAUAGCCAAAAAAGAUAAAGUUCAGGACAAUCAUUUAUCUCCCAGCAAAUGGAAAUGGACCAAGAGAACGCUCUCUGAAACUAGCUCUAGUAAAUCUUUUGAAACCAAGGAACAAGGAUCUCCAGAAAAAGCCAGGUCGUCGUCAAGUCCCCAGCACCUGAAUGUCCAACAGCUAGAGGACAUGUAUAACAAAAUGGCAAAGACUCAGUCGCAGCCAAACCUUAACACUAAAGAGUCGAGUCAGCCUGGAAAGCAAAAGGAAGAGUUAGAAAUGGAGACCCUUCCUGGCCCUAUGGUGCCCUUGCUGACGACUCGCACCGAUGGGAUCAUUGACAUGAGGAGCAUGUCUAGCAUCGACAGCUUCAUAAGUUGUGCUGCCGAGUUCCCUGACUCUGGGAGAUUUUCCCACAGCCCACUCGCUACCCUUCCCUGCAAAGGUGGCAUUAAUGUGAUUCAGGAGCAGAGCAGAGGGGAGGGGAGUGGUGCCCGAUUUGUGGAAAUAAAUCCAAGCUCUGAAGGCAGCCACCGUUCUGCUUUUUUCAUAGAAAGUCCAAAAAGUUCCAUAAAGGCCAGUAACCCUUUAAAACUAAGAUCUCUGAAAGUCAACUUCAUGGAAGAGGACACCAGCACAUUGGUACCAGCAUCAAAUGUCCUGAGAAUAUAUCCAGACCCUCUCAAGGGCAGGGGAGCUGCUGCUGCUGCCGCCACAGAUACUUCCUUACUCUCUGACAGAUCUCUCAUGAGCCCAGAAACCUCGAUCUACACAACGGCGAGUGCAAGAACACCCCCAAAGUCACCAGAGACACAGACAGCCAUAGCUUUCAACUUCCAUGAUGCUGGUAUUCAUAAAUACAUAGAUGCUGACACUGAUGAUGAAGGUCAGCUGCUUUACGAUUCGAGUCCUCCCGGAAAUGUGAGCCCCAAGUACAAUGUUACAAACAGUGGUUAUCUAAAGCAAAAGGACAAUGUUUAUAGAACAGAGAAGAACCAUUUAGAAGCUGCUGCUUUACCCACCUCCCCUAAGCUGAUAGGGCAAAACUGCAUUUACGCUAUGGAAGGUAUCACUGGAAGAACCCAGGGCCAUCAGGAGACUGUCAGACUAGAAAAUCACAUUUCUCCAGAAGUCCAUGUAUUACCAGGCAGUGGAGGACAUGCUAACACACAUGAUCAAAGCAUCUGAGACAGGCUUCAAAAGAACUUACUGAAAGUUUAAAGGAAUGUCUUUACAGUCAACACAAAAAAAGAGCUUCUGCAUGGCAUGAACUUGGCUGAAACAAGCCACAUGUUUCUAAAAGUCUGAGGGGAGGUCCAGUGUGGGUUUGUGAAAAUGUCCUUCUCUGAAACAACUUUAAAGACAUUGCCCACAUCAGUCAAAAAUAAGGAUUGCAAAUCAUGAUCACACAUUGAUCUCCUUUCAUGUUGUCCAGUGAAGCCAAUGUGACCAAAUAUCCAUCCAUUCCCCUUGAACGCUAGAGCUCCUUUUGGAAAUACUAACACCUGAUUUGCAUUAGUUCCAUAAAGGAUGCCGAGGCAGCCAGAUUUGAACUCUGGAAUAAAUUGCUGGGGUUGGUAUAAAGCUAUCAAAAACACAAUGCUCUCUGCUUCAGGGCAGCUGUUCCCCAUCUACAGCUUUCUCUGAUGGAUAUUAUGUCUAAAGGUAACAGGGAACACUUGCAUUAUUGGAAAAUCCAAGUGAAAACCAUUUAAAACAAAUAGCGGUCUAGAGAAACCAAUUAUUAAAAUGCUCUGUGUGUGUUUAACAAUACAAUAUCCUGUAGGACCUGACAUUUUAUUUUGAAACAUCAGCAGGGUGAGUUGCACCACUUGUAUCUAAUUCCAAACACCCCCUAGGAUGUAGUGAAACUCGCACUUACCCUCUGCUAAAAUCGAAACCUGCCCCUGGGCCAGCGCGUGGGCACCCACAGCCCACGCUGGGAAGGUGUGAAGGAGCCAUGCAGAAGCAGGGAUCUCCGGUGGCAUCGCAGGCCCCUUCCCGCAGCCGGGGAGCGCGGGGCUGGAAGGGGAGCUCGGCUCCUCUCCGUGCCCCCGUCCGCGCCGUGGCGGCUCCCUGCCCCACGGGGACAGCCCGGAGCGGCGGCCGGCCCUGAGGCGCGGGCCUGCUCCUCGGGCCUCCCCUUCCCGCCCGCGCCCCGACUUCAGGGCCGAAGUCUUGCCCUUGGCGUAGGAGAGGAACCAGUCGGUCUGAAGCUUUUCGCGCCCGCGCGGCGUGGUGAAAGAUAUGCAAGCGUUACAUAAAUAUGCAAAAAGAGGGAUUCUUUAGCUACCCGCCCCGGGCCUGGUCGUGCUCUCUCUUGUGAGGAGGUCGGGCGGGAGCAGCUCCUGCCACGUUGGUGCGUCGUGGCAGCACAGGGCGGCUGCCAGAGACAGCAGGAUCAGGCCUGAUGUUUUAAUAGCAUCCACUCAUUUUUAAGCGAAACAAGAAAAAGAAAAAAAAAAAAAAAUUGACCAUUUUAAAUGAACAGAACUAGCAGCCACCAGCCUAGGUUUUUAAAAUAUUAUUGUUUCAAUAAAUGUCAAAUUGUGUAGGAAAUAAUUUGUCUUUGGUUUUUAAUACUGGGGGGGAAAAGCACUUUACGUUGACUUUUUGUUGUUGUUGUUGCGAUGCUGGAGUAGGAUAGCAGAGUGUAACAAUCAAGCACUUUAACAAAGCACUAUUUUAAUUUGUGCCUCCUGUCGUGACUGUGAUUUGUUACACGCCGGUAGCAAGUCACAACCUGUCCUGUGAUAACUGUGAUGGUAAUCUUUUAUGUUGUUAUCCGUUUCUACUGUAAAACUCGGUUGUAAAUAACUCUGUCAAUAAGCGUUUCCUGACCUAUUUCGGAGAACCUGCCGGGGCGUGUAGCUAUCUGCAUGCAACAGGUCUUGGGGCGUGCGGAGGCAUGGGACUCGGGAGCGGAGGCGCACGCUGGAGGAAGACCGUAACCACACGAGUCCGCUGCGUUUUGUUCCUUCCCCCUGUGAAAAAGACGUUGGUUAGUCCUGAAUGUAACUGUCUCUCCGUCCACGCUGUACAGUACUUCUGUCUGUAAUCCGUAAUAGUGAAUGCAGCAUGUACGGACAAAAGCAAUAAGCACAUAUCUGUUUUAGGAACUGUUAUGGGUUACGAUGAUAGCUUUGUGAGGUCUCUCCUUGGCACAAACCUGCACACACGCUGAAGCAGUGGUCCCCGCUGGCCCCUGGCGGUGGGACACAGCCCAAGGCACCUGCUCAGAAGUCCUCCUUGCCUCCUGCAAGGCCAGGCCCUGGGGAAGGCGUGAGUGAGACCUGAGCCACCACCUCACGAAUUUGCCCGCUGGCAGCAGAAGAGACCUCGUGUCAUGCAGAGAGCUAUGCGGGAGAUACUCAACAUCAGUUAGAGGUAUCUGUGCGAGCAAACUGUACUCUCCAGAGUAUUUACGCAGGGCCAAUUCCUGAGGUUCCUCAGCUUUUACUCUGUCUUCACUCAGCCAAAACCACCGUUCGUCCAAAUGGGCUCUUUGCCUGGUGAAGGACUUUAGGAUUUGGCCAUAGUAAAUACAAGUGUACUUAGAGGAACUGACGUAUUGCUGAGAUGCUAGUGAAGAUUGAGUCAUUAAGAAGAAGUAAAGUGACUUUCCAGCAGAUAAGCUUUAAAUACUGAUUUAUUCUAUGGCUUCCCAAGGCCAUAGAGCGGCAAUGAGAAAUUUUAAAGAGAACAGUCUUAACAUAAUCUCUAUGUUUCGGUGAUCAUUCAUGUCUGCCAUCAGCACAAAUGUAAAAAGAAAAAAAAAUCAGGGAAUUUUUUUUUUUUUUUGAUAAAGUAAGUAAUAGUGAUUUCCAAGUUAAAUAUUUUUAAAGCUGAUGCUUUCAUGUGGAAAAAAAAGUCAUAUUUUACAUAUUGCAAAAGUGAGCAUAUUUAAAUAUAGCCAUAUAGUGUAGUACUUACCACACUUUUUCAUCCAAAUUGAUGUAUUUGGUUUAUAGAUGGCACUGACAAAAAUGUAUAGAUCAACAAUUCUAUCAUUUUUUAACUGAUAAUCAACUGGUGCAACUCUCCUUGUAACCAAAGGCCCUCUGUCUGCCUUGUGUGAUCACUUCCGACACACAUCUUAUAUCAUCUAUUUAGUCCUACCUUUAAAGUAGCAUUUUAUUGAGUCACUUUUGAAAGCCAAAUUCAAAAGUAUCAUUAAAAAUCUACCUUUUACGUCUGAAUAGCCAAAGUCCUAUAGAUUUCUUAUAGAAAGCAAAUAAUUUAAAAUUAAGCAUAUAAUAUGCUUGAAGAGCAUUUCUUUCUUAUUUGUGUAAUGAAGAUGUAGCUCUCAUUUUGUGCCCAGUUAAAAAGGAAGUAUGUUUAAUUUAUUUUAAUGAAAUAAAGUCUGAAUAUGAAGUAUGUAUCUAUAUAUGUGUGUGUGUGCAUAAUACACAUAUAUAUAAUGUAAGCACUGGGAAAUCUACUCUAAAAAUAAAGCUAUGGUAGACUAAAUCUGUACUCAUUACAAAAGGAAAGGCAGUGCUUUGAAAACAUAAUGCUCACCAAAUCCUAUAGAUACUAGAAGACAAUUUCAUUUUAUAGUUCGUUUGGUACAUGUUUCCCAAAGCUCAUAAAAGUAGGGGAAAAUAUGCAAUAUCUCUUGCAUCAAGCUAAAGUGUGCAGUUUAAUCACUGAUAUUUGGCAUUCAGGUCUGUGAACUUACUGUGUAUCGUGUAUCGAGCAAGCUGACAGUUCCACCUGCUGCUGCAGAAGACAUCGUAUCUGAAAGGACUAUGUACAUGUGAUGUCUGCUCUUGCUUGUAUCUUACGCCAUCGACACCAUUUUUAAUAUAUAUAUAUAUAUAAAUAUAUAUAUAUAGAAUAUAUAUAUUUGCGGAAGGAAUGGGUGCAGUUUUCUUAACCAGGAGGCAAAGAUACUUCGAGUUUUAGCCUUGAACAAAGGAAAACAGCAGUCACUUAAUGCAGUAGAUUUCUCAGUGCCUUUUCUUAGAAACUUCACCUAAGCACACUUACGGAAAAAUGAAACAAAACAAAACAGUCUCCUGUGAAAUCCACAUUUUCUGAGAGGUUCGAGAGCUUCUGAGAGGUAGAAGAAGAAAAAAGGAGGAAAAGAAAACCCGUGGAACGCACAUUCCCUUUCUGAACAUGCCGUGUGUCAAAUGCCGGGGAAUAUAUGUCUGUGCAAGGCAUGCAGGAACGAAUCCAAGGCGGUUGGUUUCUUUGGCAACUAUGGCUGUGAUAAACUGUAGCCUUUUCUUCCCUUGCAGCUAAUAAGAUACACAUUUCUAAGGAAAACAAUUCUGUAAAAUUGUAAUGUAUUGUUAAUAUUUGUACCUAUUGUAUAUUUAUGUCUUGACAGAAUUAUGACUGGUACAGUUUAUAGUAAAUAACAAGGGUAUUUAAAACUCAUUACAAAGACAAGGUUUCUAAAGCCAAGUUCUCUCUCUGUUGGUAAGCUCCACAUAACAUGAUCUCCAAUAGUUUUUAACGCCUCAUUUUAAAGCAAAUAGUAGAAUUACUGAGUAAAGCAGCAGAGCGAUGGAGACCGUGUGGCCCUGGCGCCCUUCCGUGCAGCUCAGUGGGGAGCGAGAUGGGGAGGUGGGCUUCCCGGGCAACUCCAAAAUAGCUCCAACUUCUUCAGCAAAGCGCUCAUGUUUGGUCAGCCACUUCUGCUUACGGCAUUCGAACUGAACAACUGUUACCUUAGAUUGUUUUAGGAUCACCCACUUGGGGAGAAUAUGGCUUUAAAUAGUUCUUGAAUAAAGUACAGAUGUUUUAGUUACCUCUGUACCUUCUGUUUGCCAUUGUGUUGGCUUUAUAAGUAUCUGAUGUAUGGAAAAGUCAUGUGACUUUCAUGCAUUCCAGAGUAGUCUAUUUUUCUGUUCAGAUAAAAAAAAUUAUAUAUAUAUAAAAAUAUAAAUAUAUAUCUGUAUUUUUAGCAAAUUUAUAAUAGGGCAAUCAAGUCAGAUUUCUUCUUUUUGUAUUACAGAAUAAUAUAUUAGAUGCUUUCUUGUUACUCAUUUACAUAGCUGAUCCCCUAACUUUUUUGUUGUCAUUAUUUUCCUUCAUUCUGAAAACACCCGCAACAUCCCUCCUGGAAGUGUCUGCGAAAGGUCACUGAGUUUGUCUGAUGUUGUCGCGUUUUCGUAUUUUCCUGUUUGUGGUACUUAAAAAUAACCAGGGAUUGGUUAUGGAAACUAAGAUGUUCUUUCUGAGAAACCAAGAAGUGGGCCACACUCUGACCUUGGCUAUGGCAGUGUAAAUGCCAGCCAGUGCCACUAGCUUCAGCAUUAACCAUAGCCUGGACUUCAGUGGAGUUUUUCCAGAUUUACAGCAAUUAAGCUGAGAGCAUAAAGAGACGAGAUUUGAAUCUAACUGUCCUAAUAAUUAUUCGGAGUUGGUCUAAACAUCAAAACUGAAAAGUCAGACUCUUAUUUUAAGGGCAGUGACCUAGCAAUGCUCAGGCAAAGCUCCCUCCAAACCGCCCACAUCCAGGGGAGGUUUCCCUGGGGUAAAACAGAAAGGUCGAGACUUCUAUUUCUACUUUCAGUCCCAGAUAAAAUCAGGAAAUGAGAAAAAAAAGUACAGGGGAAUAAAAUAAUAAUAAAAAAGUACCCAUUCAGAAAGGGACUGGAUUUGGAUUUGGCUAAGGUAAAUACCACCCAUGUACCUUCUUAGUGAUCUCUCUUGCUCCUUCAUAGCUGUGCCGUCACAUAAAUUGAAUAAAACAUCCAUGAGACAAACGUGCAUCCUGAAGCUAUCUCAUGGCCUGUUGAAGUCUAGCAUGACAAAGAGAUUCAGACUGUCCUGUAAUGCCACAUCAGAUUUGCAGCUCGAUUCAGCCCAGCGGUCUGGUCGGUGACAAGGUGUUUUUGUUUGUUUGUUUGUUUGUUUCCAAAGAUGGAUUUUUGGUCCCACUUCCUUUUCUUAGCCCAAAGCAAUCUCCUUGUGUGAUUUUCUUAUAUGCUCACAACACUAGCCAGUGAAUCUGAAAUGGAAUUAAUUUGGGAACAUAUGUAUUUCAGAAAGUCUGGAUAACACCCAAAUGAGCAGUGUAAGCAGAAGACACUGGUAUGCAUGUGACUAUGUGUCAGCAAUAGCCAUUUACACACAAGGUUAUUAAUUAGGUGGGAUUUUUUAUUUUCUUAUUUUUAACAGAACUACCGCAAUAGCUCGUGAUAUUUAUCAUCAAAGAUCCCAUAAAUCUCUUCAAAAGGCACCUUCCACAUCACUGAGUUUGUCUGAGCAUAGUCCACAAUACCACAGAAACCUUCUGAUCAUGUUAGUCUUAAAUUUGCCCCUGUAGGUAGCCCUCCUACCACAACAGAAAUGCCCCAAAUACAAACCAACCCAUCAAAGAAGAGAUGAUUAUUCUUCAGAAUGUGUUUUGCACCCCAUGCUGAUCAGAGGUAGGCUCUUGCACUGAAACUUUGUCUUGGCCAGACAAAGGAAACCUUGGGGAAACUGAACGUUUGCAUUCAGUGUAUUCCCUUUGUUGCUGGUGUUACCCAAGCCACAAAUAAGUGUCCUUUGACACCAAUGGUAGGGUGCCACAAAUGUUCAUAUCUGUAAAUACUACUCAGAAUUUUGCUUUGCUGAUUCUGGUUUCAUCGCACAAGAAGUCUUCAGUCUAGAGGCUUAGAAAAUAAAGCUUCAUUUUUCUUUUUAAACAGAAAUAAUACUAUUGAUAUUCAGUAGGAUUGAGCAAGUAUUAACCUUUAACAUUUUUAAAGGGGUCUUUUCAAGACUGUAGUGAUGCUACCUUCAAAAACUAAUAAUCAGCCUGGGCUCAAUAUAAAUAUCUGCCCAAACUAGAGCCUUGAGAGAAGCCAGGGAGCCAAAUUUGCAUGAAAUGCCAAAUUCUUUGCUGCUAUAAGUAAAUGCCCAUUGAGGUCAAUGGAGCUGUGCCCAAUUUAGCCCAGUAAAGAAUUUGCACCCCUAUCUUUAAAAGCUAAUGUAAAACCACAGGCUCUGCAUGACCUCAGGGAUGGAGGUGUCUGUCCACAUCACCUAAGAGGAAACCAAUGGGGUGAUGGAAUGAGGAACAGAGACAGGUCAGUGAAAGCCUGGGAAAGGAGGAAAUCCUUCAUGCAGGAGGACAAUAACCAUCCUCAUCAUCCCGGCCAUCUGCGUCAGCUCACUCUUUGUGGGCUUGAUACCACAAGCAGUGCCCAGGUUCACAAACGACUGUCCCUACAGCAGGACCACGCGCUCAGCCACACAAUUCAACCCUGGCAGCCCUCAGUCCAGGGACUUGCUGAUGCUGGGAGGACAAUACUGGCCGCCGGGCCAUCCUUCAACUGUGUCACAACCUCUGUUCUUACUGGCAAUCUGCAGUUAAGGCCAUUUUAGGAUCCAUCAGUUCUGCUCUACUCACCGCGUUUCAUUUAGGAUCUCUGCCCAUUUUGCCUCCUCAUCCUUUUAUUUUUCACUACUUCCAAGUACCAUUAGCCACACUUUGGCUCAUGCUGUCACCAGGAUUUGUUUAUACCAAUUUUGUUGGCUUGUGAGGAAGACAGAGGACAUUUUUUUCCCAUUCUUUCUGGCUCUUUGGUGGUGGGCGCACAAAAUUGUUUUUGCAUUGAAAUAUUUCCCACUGGUGAGUUUGGGGGUGGGGGGGCAGCAUCUCCAUCUUCCUUCAAACUCUGAAGCCAUGAUACUGCACUCAGAAAGGCUAGCCACAGCUACCAACCAAACUCGCUUUCCAACUAGAUUAGCAUUAAAAAAAAAGCCCCAACUAAUGCAGAUAAAGUCUGCUUUUUCAUCAGGCCAGUGAACCAGUUCUUAAGUGGGGAGAAAACACCAACCGGGGCAGUGCUGCUGGUGCUGCUCCAGGACACCUGUGUGCCCGCUGACGGGUGCCAGGCGAGCUGUCUGUGUGCUGCACAUCGCGGCUGCCCGGCUUUCACGGCACUGAGGGGCAGCCUCAGCUCUUCCUUCUCCAAAAGCACAGGACAGCCACUUAACUUGCGUUGCCCCGCCAGCCGCCGGCCCUCAAACCCCGGCCAGUGCUUCCCGGUGCAAGCUCCAAAGGGCCCGUGGUCGCUAAAGAGUAAGAAAGCCGUGGGGUUCCUUUCAAAGAGAAAUGUGAUAUUCAGCAACAAAUAGAAAACUGGAAAAUGCAGGUUUCCUGUGACUCUCCUAGUAUGUGUGGAUCAAAUUGCUUUUGUAUCUGGAAGCUGAAACCAACUGUGACCCAGCUUGAGAAAGGGCAGAAUACAUGACAGCUUUCUCACACUUCACUUAUGUUUUAUCCCGCGCAAUGGGGAAGCAAUGGGGAACCCAGUUCAGCUUGUAUAUAAAAAUGGGCAGAGCCUCCUGCCUCUGCCUACAGCCCAGCAGAUCCUGCACAUCUUGCACAAUCUUGUCUUUGGGUUAUAUUGGAUCAACCCAAGGGGCAAUGCAUCGGCAGAUGUUUUCUCCCCAUUUAAGCAAUUUUCCAAUCCCCUGGCAUUUUGGGGUGAUUACAGCAACAUUAGCCAUAUACUAGUGUACCUAGAGUCUUACAUUUUUUGUAACUUUGAUUUAGUCAUUCUUUGUUGAAGUUUAUUGACCUCUCCAGUUGUUUCCGUAAACAAAUUAUUAAAAAAAA